AUGCCUCCUAAAUAUUUACCUUUUGGAGAAAAAGCCCAUGAAGGAAUCCAAUUUAUCUCAGGAAUUGACAAAGAAGGGUUUCCUAUCGUUGAAAUACAAACUGGUUCUUAUGGCGAAAAAGUUGGCAAAUCAAUCCCCAAAAUAAUUAAACAAUUAGCUGACGAUGGACACAAUCUCAUUAUUGAUGAAGUAAUCUGGGAAAAAGAAGAUUUGAAAAACUAUCACACCACCUUAGAAGAACACCAAAUUUAUUUUAUAAAAAUAACUUGUGAUUUGCCGCUAAUUGAAGAAAGAGAAAAAAUCCGUGGGGAUCGUGCUUGGGGAGAACAAAGACAACAAAAGCAUUUGGAAAAGAAGAAGGAAAUUAAAACAAAAGAAAUUCUGUUAGUAGGAGAAGACAAUGAGCAAGCAAAUGAAGUUGUUUCCAAACAAAAAGCCUUAAAAAAGGCCCAAGAACAAGAACUAGACUUAGUUUGCUUUCGUUCGCCUGACCCAGAUAAAAAAACUCUGGCACCAAAAAACCACUCUCAAGCAAAUCGGACUAACUUUCCAUAUUGGCGAGGGAGACUUGAAAAACAAAAUCAGCCAAAUUAG